ACACUGAAUAGUGAUUCACAGUUGUUUCAAGUAAACAAAGCGGAAAACAAAGACGGAAAAACGAAAUACCAUGUCGAACCCCCAAAAAUCUUCUCUAUCAAGCGGAGGAUCUGCUCCCCCAUAUGAAGUGGCCUCUAAGGAUGAAAUGGCUAUGCGUGCACCGCCGCCAUCUUAUGAGGAGAGCCAAAGGAGUGGUGGCGCCGCAGGAUACACUCACCAAGGACCUGCUCCACCUACACAUAAUCAGUAUUACGGUAUGAUAAGUCAUCACCAGCAACAGCCUACGCUUAACGGAAUGGCCUAUGGAGCGGGAUAUGGACCCAGCACUUCAGCUGCAGCUGGUACCUCUGGCCCCCCUCUGGUUCUUAAUCUGGAUUCGCGGGCUGAAGUGGGAAAAACUAUAGUUAUUCCUCCGCCGCCGCCGGGAUACCUGCCGACGCCGGCUCAGUGGGCUGCAAUGCAGGGCCAGCAGGUCGCAGUCAAACAGAAGAAACGUUCCUUCUUUUAAAAUUCCACAAGCAUUCUAUUUUCUCGAAUAUAAUAUAUUGUUACCCUUUAAUGUUAUCCAAUCAAAAA